AUGCAGUCGGCGCGUUUCUCAUCUAUGUUGGAUCCCAGCGGACGCAAGUGUCUCUGGAGUAAUAUAUCUGGGCUAGCAGGCUACGGCAGGGCGACGACGUUUACCGCUCGCGUCAUUCCUCAGGCCACCAAUUUUGUAGCACAACUACUCGUGCUUGGUCGACUCUUCCGCAAUCGCUUCCUGCCCCGAGACUCCGUCAACAUCCCUCUGUAUUCUGCCUACAGCGUUGCGGCGGCAGUCGUCAUGUGCUUCGCGCUUUGGGCAUGCAAAAUAUGGAUUUGCCGAUAUUUUGCAACACGGCAAAACUUUGCCUCACCUGGGCCAUGUCUAAUAUCGCAGUCGGGCGACGAUCCCAGCUUGCACAGCCGUGCAAAUCUUUUGUGCUCGUCAGACGCUGAGAUAGAUGAAGACGCCAAUGAUGACAAGGGCGCCUUCGUCGGCUCUCGUCCCACCUGCUCUCCAAGUAUCGUAUGGACCUACACUUCCGGUACAUCGAUAGGCUUCGUGAGCGCGGAGGCAUCAGGGUCUGGUCUCAGCAUUGAGGAAAAGCGCGACGCAGUUUUGUGCGGGGGUAUGCUUGACACAAGGUUGGACAACACGGUCGAUAACCCUGGCGAACGAAGUUCUGGCGGCUCGGCGCAAGACUGCAUCGCAGAGGUGGCCACUGAUACGCAGACUAUAUCGCGUCAAGGAUCUCUAGAUUCUGUAACAGGCGAGAUGAAGCGCACCAACGACCAUUUGGAAGCACUUGAUGUUGUCGUCGAUGAUCUGACUCGGGAGCUUGCGGCUACACGCCGAGAGACUGCUCAGGCCCACAAGAGCUCGGCCAUAGCCCAGAAAGACAUUCACAACGUGUCUCGACGGAUGCACCAGCUCGAAGCAAACAUCACUACUCUUGACCGCGCUCACAAGGUGGCCGAGGAGGGCUUCCGCAGAGAGAAAACGGCACUUGAGGCACGCAUUCAUCCUCGUGUUCCACCUAUCUCACUGAGCAGGCUGGCUCGUGACGCUGAUGCUGCGAUCAGUAAUCUGGGAAAUGCGCUUUUCUAUGCCCGGGAGGAAUCGACGCACAGGGGUCAGCUUGCAGAAAAGCUUCAGAAGCGCAUGGAGCACAUUGAAAGUAAACAUCAGCGCAUGUUUCAGCAUCUGCAGCACGAGAAGCAGUCGAUUGAGAAUGCGCUGAAGCGCGUACACGCGGAGCUAGCGGCGAAUGCAUCUGCAGUGUCGAAGCAAGGGUCUGUCAUCGAGAAGCUUGGCGCAGAAAUCACUCGUGUCAAGAGCGAGCGCGAUGCUGAACAGUUCGAACGCUCGCUGCGUAUCAAGAUGCUUCAGAAAGAGCUCGAUGAAAAGACCUCUGAAAUAAAUCUUAGCCGGGUCGCCCUCGACUUUGUCGAUCAGGAGCUCACUGAGGUCAACAGGUGUUACGCGGAGCUGAAGUAUACCCGGGGCCAGGAAGGGACGGUUGAUGGAGCUCGUGAGACGGCCCUGUGUCAGGCCGAGACACGCAUCGAGGCCUUGGAAUCCGCUCGGCGUUCAGUGUCCCUGAGGAUUCUCGCGCUUACGCUGUCACGCGAGGAACUACUAGAGCAGUUGGGUGUCCUAGAGAGCCGGAGGACUUCUGGCGCAUGGGACUACACCGCACUCCGGAAACGCGUGUCCACGGAUUAG